UGCUCGUUUCCUCAGUUGUGGAAUACACGCGACUGCUUGAAAUACGUUUAAUUCAAUUAAACGAGAAACGAAAUAUCAGGCGAGAUAUCAUCGAUGAUAAUAAGAGACAAGAAAACGCGGUGAAUCGGUGAUUUAAUUUAGAGUAUAAUCUUCGACUAUUUUGGCUCUGUCGAGUGUCGAAUGGAAACGAAAACUCUCUAGAAGAAGCGUGUGUGUGUGUGUGCGCGUGCAUGUAUGAUCAUGAUGGCGUUGGUGGUUGGCGUGCACACCGACACCGACACCGACACCGACGAUCUAGAGCUAGACUAGGACAAAAAUCCAAAGCAGGGAACACUGAAUGUGUCCUCUCAUAACCUCUAAAUCCGGAUUUUCGCCCUUGUAUCUUGGCGAGACGAUACGAAGCGAUAAGUUUGCUAGCCAUCCUCGGGGAUUCUGCACAGCUGAACGUUCAUUUACACGAGAUUUGCCCGAGAUCGAUAACCACAGGUUAUACAUUCGUUAAGUGUGGGUCAUGCAGACCACUUGGAGAGUAAUGUAAUGAAUAGCUGUGGGAACUCUAAUACUAGCACGAGGCUACGUGGUUCCAAGUGCGCCGAGACUCAAGACGAGUCUAUAAACCUAGAAGGGGAAUUAGAGAAAGAAGGCAGUGGCGUGAUAAGUGGUUACAGUGUAAAUGAACUUAAUGUACCACGCAGCACCCUGGUCAUUUGCCCUCGAAACUCCAACUACUCUUCGGAUCACGGCUUUGCUAGAUUUAAGCCAAGGCUCAGCGGUGUUCCAAGAAAUGAAUUUCGAAUGGCGCGCGGUGGCAGUUCCGCAGAUCGUGCCAGGGGUGGAACACGUGGGAGGGCUUUUAAAAAGACUCCCAAUGAUCGCGAACCAAAUUCAGAGCCUAGCUAUCACCCUACAUCUAGACCCAAGUUUCAAGAAUCGUUGAAAAAUCAUGAGAACGCGCAGGGCAAAUACUAUGACGAUAAAAGAAUAAAUGAGGACUCGAGAAUUUCCAAGUUGCUGCGACGAUUGUGCCGCGAAGAUGAUUACGAUCAUCUCAUGGUGCUUUGCAAGCAAGUGCAGGAAGGUAUCGUCGCACCUGAAAAUCAACGAUACAUACGACGGAACUUGGAGACUAUCUGUGAAAGUUUGUUGGAUUUUUUGCACUCUGGUCCUGGUCAAGAGGCAAAGCAACAGAUUGCAAAAUGUUUGGGUCGAAUUGGAUAUGUAGUAGACCAAGAUUUUAAAAGAUAUAUAGACUGGAUCUUCAGCAAAUACUCAUUGGAACAUAAAGAUGAUGUAAAAUGUCUACUAAUUAAGUCACUUAUCGAGACGCUCAAGAUGGAUUCUAAGAUAUCUAAAUUAAAGGAAUUCUCCGUGCCAAUGAUGUCCCAAUUACAAUCAAUAUUAGAAAAUGUCGAUAGAGCAGAUUUACUGGUGGCGACUGUGGAUGCUAUACUACUCAUCAUAGAUUCCUAUCCAGAAACGUUCACGAACCACUUCCGCGAUACCGUAGACAUACUUGUGGGUUGGCACAUCGACUCCACGCAACAAAAGUCAGUUGUCGUUUACGCAAGUCGAUGUUUGCAAAAGUUGCACUCGUUCUGGAUAGCGGAUCUGCAGUUUACUUUGACCUUACUAGGCCAAUUCUUGGAGGAUAUGGAGAGCUACGACGAAGAAUUGAAUUCACCCGAAUCUGGUCGUACUUCGCCUGGCGACGACGGGUCCCCGACACCGAGGGAAUGUAUUCUGCGAAUCACGUCGUUAAUAUCUGUAUUUAACACAGUAACGAAGAGCAUAGCCGAGCAUUUAAAUCCAGAUCUCGCAUCUCCCAACGUACAGUGGUCAUUCCUAACGACGUGUCUGUCCAAGAUGCUCAAGACCGUUGUCAAAGCGAUCGAAUUGGAAGAAGAGACUGACACUUGGCCCGAAAUAUCCAAUAACACGGAAAACUUGAUUAAAUGUAUAAGAAACAUGAGCUCGUCGCAGAAACAUGUCGAGACGCUUUCCAAAUAUUUCAGUAAAGACGAGAUUACCGAGGAAAAUCUCAUUAAAAUGAUGAAGUCGUUGGUUAUAAAUAAGAAAAAUGAUAAGAAGAAUUCCAAGGUGCCUUCUGACAAAGGGAAUGCUCUGUCCAAGGAGAAAGGACAGUUGUUAAUGAGCGUCCUGCGAUCGAUGGAACCCAAAGUCAAACUGAGUGAAAAUUUGUCGGAAGAAAAAGAAGAGUUGAUCGUAGUCGCGAAUGAAUGCACCUUCUUGCUCCUCGGUUAUCUUCAAAGCCGUGUCGCAAAGAAUCACGAACUUCUCUAUAAAUUUGUCGACCUUCAAUUACAGAGAGUCAACAUCUUUUGGGACGAUACUAUUAUUUCAAUGUUGACCGUCAUAUCGAAAAUAAUUAAGGAGGUAUCCGCAAACUUGCCAUUGGAAUUGGUGCACACGUUACUCGGCAAGAAUUCGAUGCUGCUAAAAUUAAGAUUCCGAAAUUCCAUUCCCAUUCAAAAUGCGAGCCUGGGGGUAUAUCACAGCUUGCUAAGCCUGAAGAAUAUCCCGUUAUUGCAGGAAUCUUAUCGCUAUAUACUAGCGGAUUUGGAGAUCGCUUACAGACUCAUACUACCCGACAUGGAUGUCUUGGUUGUAGACAAUCCGUUGAACGAUUUGAGAUACACCAAGAGCGACGUUGAGAUUGUAGUUACGUUUAUACUACGUGCGCUUUCGGACAUAGCAAACGCUAAUAAUUCGAUUAUCGGAAUGUGGGCUUUGAAGCCCAGCAUCUUGGAACUUCUCGCAGUCAAGUUAAAGCCAUACGACACCGCCCUGUCUACGGCGAGCCCGUUUUUGCAAUACAAUAUUCUGUACUUGCUUUAUGCGCACUGUUCCAGGUACAAUCACUUCGUUCCAAGAUCCAGCUUGAUAACGGGCACCACCGCUUGUCGCCCGAUGGAUAUGUUUCCCGCGACCUUGGAUGUACCAGCCAGCGGUCAUUUGUCUAUAAUUCUCAAUUUGAUAGCAAAAACAUACAACAAGAAUACGCCCGCGUGCACCUUGCUCCUUUUGUCCACCUGGUUGCAGGAGAUUUGCGUACAGUCUGAGAAAUACAUCGGGAUCUUGAGCGUAACUCAAGAGUGCCAGAGUAUCAUUGCGAGUUUAAUUAGCUGCGGCGCCACGACCAAUGACGAUAUCGCGAGCGCGGCGUGCAAUCUCUUCGAAAUGUUAAUGACCGCGAAGAAUGUGGUGUGGAAGCAAGAGAUCUAUUCAAGUAUCGUGGAUCUAGCGACGUUGCAUUUGACCUCGUGCAACAGAACGAUCCGCGAAAAGUACGGCGCGCUGCUAAUGUGUAUGCCCAUUAACAUUGUUAUACCAAAAUUAAACAAACAGUAUUUAUUCUCAGACACUAAGAAGGCACGGGAGAUCGUGACCUAUUCGACAGAAUCGUUGAUACUCGCUCAAAGACUGCACAUGCGAGGUAACAACAAUGGGGAAUUGCUGGCGCAACAUUUCAAAACGUACAUGGCAUUUCUACUGCAGGAACAUUAUCUUGACGCAUCCGGGUUGUCGGAGAUAUUUACUUUGUGCUGGCCAGCCGUACCGGAGAACGGAACUACGGCGAGGAUGUACGAUUUAGCGCUCGCAAACUGUUCGUUCCUGUUUUUCUGGAGCGGUUUUGAAGCAGCGCAACACUGCGUCCUGAAUAAGCUUCGCACCUCUUUGGGGAAGCCGCAGGAAACGUUUACGUCGAUCGAGAGUGCCCUGAAGAUUCUGGCUCGCGAGAUCUCGUGCUCCAACGCAGAGGUGAUGAGGAGGGAGAGGCAGGGAUUAGAUCGCAUCUUGCACGAGCACACGCGAGUGCGGCUCUUCGUCGAAUUCCUGGAACAUUUGGAGAGAGUGAUUCACAACGCGGCCGACGGUUGCGCGAUGGCACUCUUGCCGCUGUCAAAACCAGUCAGAACCUUCUUCCAUACGAACAAGUCGACGUGCAAGGAAUGGCUGAAUCGCAUACGGUUGGCCUUGUGCGUGGUCUCGUUGCACUCGGGCCUGGCGACGAGUGCGCUGCGCAACGGCCAGAGGUUACUGGAGGAUUUGAGUAGUGCUGAUAACACGCAGGGCAUCGAGUUCGAAAGGGCGACGUUGUGGACGGCACAGGCGAUGGUCGCGCUCGGCGAAGCGGAGGCGCUGCAGGGGCUCUACGCGUACACCAAGGGCAAGGACAGGCAAUUCCCGUGGCUGAAAGCGACGAUGGAGGAAGCCGCCGGACGUUACGAGUCAGCGGCGGAUGCCUACAGGCUCAUCAUCGACGAGCACGCUCGCGUUAAAACGAACGACGACGAAAGCGGCAGAGCCGCCGCGAAACUCGAGAGUGACAAUCAAGUUCUGAGUUUCUGCAUGCAAAGACUUUCCAACUGUUAUAAAGCGGUCAGCGACUGGUCUGGAUUAGUGGAAUGGAAAUCGCGGGAGACCGAGAUACUGGCGCAGGACAAUUACGCCGUUCUGAGGAGGCAACUCGCGGAGAAUAUCGUUCCGCAGCAGGCGGAUUGUCUGAAAAAGUUCGAGGAGGGUGAAUUGAUCUCCUUGGACGAAUUGACGAAUUGGAACCUCCUGGACGAGGAAAGGAAAAGUAAUUGGAGUUGCGCGAAAACGCUGGUCGCGUGCAGCAACAGUUUGACGAACGUUGCCCUGAGGAUUCACCUUAACGAAUUCGACGAAUCGUUCGACGACUCGAUGUGCGACAGUGUUGUCGAGAGGUGCCAGAAAGUCGCGGCCAAGAUGAUGCAGGACGGAUUACGAAAUGUGCCAUCAGAGUAUCUCAGUGACGCAAUACUGCUCCAGUAUUCCGCGACGGGGCUGAAGAAUUUCGCGCGCGGCAAAAAGGACAAGAACGUUUUCGAAUUGUACAAAGUUGAUAAAGUCAAUAAUGUUAACUCGAACAUUUUAACGCAGAUCUUGUGGUGGUCCGAGUACCUGGAUCAAGCGUGCGACAACGACUCCAUGGAGGUCGACAGUCUACGGUUACACGUCGUCAGAACAGCCAGGAAGGAAGGCAACUUUAAUUUAGCGAAACGGGAGAUGGUCAAGUACUUGAAGUCGGAGCAAGAUUUGAUCCGACUCAAAGAUCCGAGCGCUCGCACCUUUUCCGAGAUUACAAGCGACAUACUGAACGGGCCUGUUGACGUGAAAUGGACCAAGAAUAGUAUGCGCGCGUUCAGGGAAUUGUCCAAGUUACUGUACGACAUGGAGGACACGAGAGAGGCUUUGAGGAUGUGCUGCGCGACCACGUUGGGAAUUUCGCGAGCGAUCGUCAGCGGUGAGGGGUCCGCCGAGUUACGCGAGAUGGGAACCAAGCUCUUACUUACCCUGAGUAAAUGGAUACAGCAGGACACGACCGUGACCGAGAAUCCUCAGCUGGAGGAGUUGCUCAGAUUCGAGGCUGAGCACAACGACGGCCUGAUGGACAAGCUGUUUGGCAAGACGAUCGAUCUGAUUCCUACGUCGGACAUGAUAAUCGGUAAACUGAUGCAGCUUGGUGUGAAUCAGUGUCCGGUGCUGCCGCACGUCUGGUCCAGCUUCGCCGCUUGGUGCUACAAGUGGGGCCGGAAGAUCGUGGACAACUCCAACUCUGGCCAAUUGACGGAUACCGACCGGAUAAACAUACAGUCCUUACUGCCGAUGGACAUUGCCGAGGCUGAUCUCAACACCAUUUUCUCUAUACUGAGCCAGAACAAGACCAUACCCGAGGACGAGGGCGAUAUCGACACGAACGACAUAAACACAUCUGACAUGAUAGAGAAUCAGCUGAGGAACGUGUCGGUUCUGAGCCACUCCAGCAACGAACAUCUCGGCAUGCUGGUCGACAUAUGGCGACAGGCGCAGAAGAGGAUCUACUCGUAUUACGAGUUUUCGGCGAAAGCAUACUUCAAAUACUUGCAAUUGGCGAACAACGACAGCAACGAGUGCGACACCAUCACGGCGACGUUGAGACUGCUGCGACUCGUGGUGAAGCACGCUCUGGAGUUGCAGAACGCGCUCGAAGAAGGCCUCUCGACGACCCCGACCGCGCCAUGGAAGGAGAUUAUACCGCAGUUGUUCUCGAGGCUCAGUCAUCCCGAGGCAUAUGUGAGGACCCAGGUGUCCGAGCUGUUGUGCCGAGUGGCGGAGAAUUCGCCGCAUUUGAUCACGUUUCCAGCCGUGGUGGGCGCGGUAUCCGGCCAGAAAAAGAUUUACGACAAGGUCGUUUACGAGAAGCCCGACAACGACAACGAUAACGACUCGCAGAACGUUAUAGGCUUGAGCGCUGCCGCGGAAGAACGGGGAAAGGAAGAAGAGGAGGAGGAGGAGGAGGAGGAGGAGGAAGAAGAAGAGGAAGAGGAAGAGGAGGAGGAGGAGGAGGAAGACGAGGAGGCGAAGGAGGAGGAGGAAGGAGGGGAGGACGAGGAGGACGAAGAGGAGACGGCAGCGGAAGCAAUCGUGUACAACGACGAGCAUGAGAGCUUCAUGGAUUCCUAUUUCUCGCAGUUGGUCGAUUGUCUCUCGAGUCGCAUCCAGGAUUCGGUGGUUCAAGUGAAGGUGCUAGUCAAGGAGCUGAGACGAAUCACGUUGCUAUGGGACGAACUGUGGUUGGCGACGUUGUGCCAACAUCACACAGAGAUUACCAAACGAUUCGAGCAGCUGGAGAUCGAGAUUCAACGGGUACAGGACAAUGUCUGGCUCGCGCCCGAAGAGAAAGAUAAGUUGAUCGCGGAGAAGCACAGGAUCAUUUUGAAACCGAUCACGUUUAUACUGGAGAAUCUGCUAUCUAUGACGUCCGUACCAGCCGAGACGCCGCACGAGAAAACUUUUCAGGAGAAGUUUGGUGCUUCCAUCGAGGAGGUGAUAAAUCGACUAAACAAUCCCAAGAAUCCGGCCAAGCCCCAAGUGGCCAGUUUGGCCUUGAAACACUUGGAGACCAAGUUGGCGCAACGCGUGCACCGACGUGCCGCUUAUUCUCUGUCAAUGACUGACAUUAGUCCUAUCUUGGCCAAUCUGAAGGAUACCUGCAUCGCCAUGCCGGGCGUCGCUGCCAUCGAUAACAGGAUCGUCACCAUCAUGUCGGUGGACAAUAACGUUCAGAUUCUGCCGACGAAGACGAAACCUAAGAAGCUCAUAUUCCACGGGUCCGACGGACACGUAUACACGUACCUAUUCAAGGGACUAGAGGAUUUGCAUCUGGACGAGAGGAUAAUGCAAUUCCUAAGCAUAUGUAACACCAUGAUGUCGAAGAACAGCGAUACCAAGGUCUACAGAGCACGGCAUUACUCGGUGAUCCCGUUGGGUCCUAGAUCUGGACUUAUUCAGUGGGUCGACGGCGUGACGCCACUGUUUAUACUCUACAAGCGAUGGCAGCAGCGCGAGUGCUCCGUGAACAGCAAGGCUGGUGGCGGCAAUUCGGCGAUUAUGCGACCCUCGGAGUUGUUUUACAACAAACUGACGCCGUUGCUGAAAGAGUGCGGGAUCGGCUUGGAGAACCGAAAGGAAUGGCCUAUCCACGUACUGAAAAAAGUAUUGGAGGAACUAAUGAGGGAGACUCCGAAGGAUCUUCUAGCCAAAGAGAUCUGGUGCAACAGCAUCAAUGCCGGCAGCUGGUGGCAAGCUACCAAGAACUACUCGUAUUCCGUUGCGGUAAUGUCCAUUAUUGGCUACAUCAUAGGUUUAGGCGACAGGCACUUGGACAAUGUUCUCGUCGACCUCAACACCGGCGAAGUUGUGCACAUCGAUUACAACGUCUGUUUCGAGAAAGGAAAAACUUUGCGCGUCCCGGAAAAAGUGCCGUUCCGCAUGACGCCAAAUAUCAAAACGGCUUUAGGAGUAACCGGAGUCGAGGGUAUAUUUAGGUUCGCUUCCGAGCAUACUCUAAGAGUGAUGCGUAGAGGCCGCGAGACGCUCCUGACCUUGCUGGAGGCGUUUGUCUACGAUCCUUUGGUAGAUUGGCGGGCGGGCGCGGACACCAGCAUAGCGAGUUAUGGCGCUUGUCAAGCCAGAGCGAGGUGCACUGGCGUCGGAAGGAAACAACUGGAGCAGGAACUCACACGUGCGAUGUUCGCUGUGAGAACGGCGGAGAUGCGCGCCGAGUGGCUGGCUAAUCGAGACGAAUUGGCGAAAACCUUGCCGCUACUGUGCCAUCAUUUGAACAGCUGGAUCGAGGCGACCGAGGCGUCGCGUCAGUGUCAGGAUUUACUGCAGGACCGACAUCAGCAGCUCGCGCUAGUCAAGGAGGCGCAGGCGAUGGGUCGGAAUCACGCGUUAUAUUCGGUAGUGAAGCGAUACAAUUCGUUCAAACGAGCGCGGGACUCUCACGAGAAAGCAAAGGCGGGCCUGAAGGAGAAGAUAGAGGAAUGCGAGAAGCAGAUUAAUAUGCACAAUAUCGCGUUGGCGGCGGUGCGAGGACUUCAACUAGGACAGUGGCUGUCGGAAUUGGGAACCCUGACCAAUCAGCAGGAUCACGUAGUGUUCGACCUUGUGAAGGAAUUCUUGCAGAACGCCGGACAAAGUCAGAUGAUCGUGCAAUGCGAGCAGUCGGAGAACGAAUUGACGCAGCUGGCCACCGACCAGGCCUUUUCCAUAAGCAAAUGUCUGGAGCUAUUGAGCCAAUAUUCCGCCAUCUGCAGCCUAUACCCUCUCAGCGUUCUUUCGCAACAUCGCGCCGUACUCUAUCACACUUGGGCGAACGAGUUGUUAGUCUCGGGCACAGUUGAGGCGUGCCACCAAGUCAUGGCGCGGUUCGAAGCGAGCCUAAAUCCAAUCAAUCCGAGCAAUCCGCAGGUUCAGCAGAUAAUAACCUUCUCGUAUCAGAUGGAAGCGAUUUUGAACGAGUACAGCGAGAGAUACAAGAAAGCUUACGAGAGAACGGUAUCCGAAGGCUUGCCGGAAGCCGGUAAUAGAAUCGAGAAGGCGUACACCGAGUCGAGGGCGCAAAUUGCGGGAUUUCUGCGACGAGAGAAAGGCGCGGAGAGAGCGCUCGAGUGCGUCAACAUCACCGCGCUGUGUGCCUUGAAUAAGCGCUACCUUAUGAUGGAGGGCGCUGCCAAGUGCGCCGGAGACUGCUUGGUGGAUCUCACGUCCCGUGAGGGGGACUGGUUUCUGGACGAGAUGCGUCUCAUGUCGUCAUUGAUCGCCGAGUUGAUCACGCUGAUACCGGAGAACCACAAGACGAACAACGAUCCCAAGAUUGCGCUGAUCCUCAAGUGCCUCAAGAGCGCCGAUUGUAUUUACAAGGGUCUGCAGGAGCUCAACUACAAUUUCCAAACCAUCAUAUUACCGGAGGCGAUGAAGACGAUCGUCACGGAGGAGCCGAGCGUAAUGCGAAUGAUAAGCGAGCUUGGUGAAAUCGUAAUACUGACCGGAAUACCGCUCGGUGACAUUCUGGCGCAGCUCGAGAUGCAUCUCCGGUUUACCGUGAUGGAGAUGGAGAGCCCGCACGCGGUGGUACAGAGUAUAGUGGCUAACAUGAGAUUACGAUUCGAGGCGUUACUGUCGCGACAGGCGGAGGUUCAGGAUUUGAAUCAGGAGGAAACUCUGACGCCGGGUCAAAUGUUGCUGAUGGGCUUCAACGGUUUGUUUGAGAAAUUGCAAAUGGAAGGUAACGCCUUGGUCACUACCCUGAGCUCCUUGGACAUUCCGAUGAAUUGGAAGAAGAUUGAUCAGAUACGCGAAGCUAAGGAGAUGUCGGCGCCCAUCUUCAACAAGGCGGCUCGGCAAGUGCUCGAGGACAUAUUCCUGAUCAAGAGAUUGCACACCAUACAAGAGUUCUUCGUCAUGUGCCGGGACAUUGCUACUGCGUUUAAAGGCGGAUUGGCGAACGUGUACGACGAUGAACGACUUAAUAAACCUGUCCGAGUGUUCACGGCCGAUUACGUUUCGAGGCAAUUGCUCGGGGUGACGUCGCAGACGUUGGCGCUCGCCUUGUGUCUCUUACUGCAGCGAAUGGGCCUGAACGUGACUACCGAGAUUGAGCAGAGAGACAUCGGAGCGGAGAGCAAGGUCUCGUUGGAGGAGCUGUGUCGAAAGAUGGUAGAUCUGUGCAUGAAGAGAGGCUCCUUCUCGGGCUCGGUCUUGACGCAAGCGGGCGCAUUGAGUAGCACUUUGGAGAGCGCCUGGCGACGGAAACAGGCUGCUAGAUUGGCGCAGCAGAGCGCCGAGGUAGCCAGGGUCAGUCUUCAGAGACUUCAACUUCAGCAGACGGCUUAUCAUUGGUUGCACGAGGAUAUCCUAAUGAUGAGGCCCAAUAUGAGUCCGAUGAAUCCAAUGUAUUCGAUGCAUCCCAUGAAUCGUUUAAAUCGCUCUACCUUCAUGCUGGAGCUACGAAAAAAGGCAACGAAUUUGUCCAACUUGCAGUCGCGAGUGUGCGAGGCACGCGAGCAACAACAAAAUCUUGUUUCGAGCGCUGUACAACGUCUCAAGUGGGCUGCCGGCGCCAAUCCGGCGCUGGGCGAAGUCAUGUCCGCGUUCGAUAACGCAGUGUUGUUGUCGUGCGAUAAAUUGACCCGACAACACAAUCUAGCCGCGAUGGUGGUCAAUACGUGCAAUGCCAUAUUGCACUACGAGGCUCUAAGGACCAGGACGUCGGAGAGUGUGACGCACGACGCCAAUCUGGUCAAACUGAUCAAGCACUGGGAGGAAAGCUGCGUCCUGACGGCCAAUCUGAAUAUCACCGUCACCAUGACGGAGGAAAGCCUCGUACAGUUGCUGCAGCUGGAGAACAACGUGGACGCCGCGUGGUUGAAGCAGGCUGAAAAAAUUGUGUCCGAAGCGAUAAUCGACACCCAGAGGAAGCUGCAGGAGAAACAAGAGGCUCUCUUUACCGCCGAGGACUAUUUAAGGGAGCGAGUGAUGAAUUUACAGAACGUACUCGCCGAACAUCAUCGACUCAUGUCGGAUGUUAGAGCGUUGUUAAAGACGAUGGCUAAGCAGGAAAACAUAGACGGCUUGCAGGACUUUCUGUUCGCCUAUCGAUCCUUCACGGAGAACCUUUCGGCGGUGGUGAAGGAACUGGCAGCCGAGAAUUUUGACUCGGCUCGCGGCACGGUGAUGAAGAAAGAAUUGGAAGCGAUGGCGAUUAAAGUGCCCAGUUUGUACAAUCGAUUGCUGGAAUUUGCGAGCGAGCGCAAGAUAAAUUCAGCGAAGGAUACGGAAAAGUCUGCGGGCAGUCUGCCGAAGAAGAGGAAGAAGAGGAGGAAGAGGAAGAGGAGGAGGAAGAGUAAGCUGGUGCGACAGGACAGUGUAUGCCUGAGUCCGAGAAAGGGGACACCGUUGACCAGAGAUCCGACCACGGGCAAGGCCGUGCAAGAGCGGAACGCUUACGCGCUGAACGUGUGGCGCCGCGUGCGUAUGAAGCUGGAGGGCCGCGAUCCGCAACCGUCGCGCAAGUACACCACGGCCGAACAAGUGGAAUACGUGAUACGUGAAGCGCAGAGCAACGAUAAUCUGGCCUUGUUGUACGAGGGCUGGACACCGUGGGUCUGAACGAACGACGGCUGGCGCUCGCGCGCCCUGAUGGCUCGACACUCGUCUCACGCGGUACUCAAAUUCGUACCGUCGUACCUGCGUCGCCCUACGUCGCCGUAGGAGGCAAAACACUCCGCUCGAAACCAGAUGGUGGAGUAUCAUCCGGCAAAAACGUCAUCCGAGAAGCAAGUCGGUUUUACAGCUCGAUCGUGGAUCGAUCUCUCCAACGCGACAAUUGAAAACCCACUGUGCCGAGUGCCGAUUCUAUAGUUGUCUCAAAAACGAGGCUAACGCACCUGCGAUCUGUUACACUUGGGGCUAACGAGUGUCUUCUUUUUUCUCUCUCUCUCCCUUCUUCUUUCCUUUUUUUUUUUUUUUUCUUUUAAAGGGAGCGACAAGCCACGAGUACGUACGAUGCUCGAGCGAGCGCGAGAUAAGUAGUAUUCUCUUGAGAGCCACGAAUUUUUGGGAUAAAUGUAGAAUCGGCUCCGGGUAUCCUUACGCUAACGGUGUAGUCGCGAGAAGUUCGGCUGACGAUAUUGACGGAAGUCCGAUGAUGAUGAUGAUGAUGAUAGUAAUAAUGAUAAUGAUGAUGACGGUAAUUAUGUUAAAAGUCUCGAUAACUAUCGUUACGAUAAACGAUCGCGCUGUCAACAUUUACCGCAUAAUGGCUAACACGAGCUUGCCAUUGUGUAAUGCCGUCAUGUCAGGAAAAGAGCCUGACGUUUUAAUCAAUGCAUCUGAAUCGGUUUGCACCGAUGUAACGUUGUAACUCUAGAUAUACGUACGGUAUACACGCGAGCACACUCGACAAUUAAUUCAGGAUCCGAGAUUAUGUAGAUGCACAUCAUUGCAGCAUUACUUUUUAAUCGAGAUGAAAAAAACCAAAAGAAAAGAUGCAGUUUAACAGAAAGAUUAAGAGUAGUCUGUUCUUAUUGAGUUAUAUGUAAUUGAACAAUUAAGUGUUUAAACUCGGCACAUACACAUACACUUAGACGCGUGUGCGUACGUAUCUAAAAAAAUUUAAUAAUUUCGCAGACCGAUCGCAACUUAUUACCGAUUAACGGGACAAAAUCAUUUCUGUAGCGGAAAGUUUGCCGCGUCGACUUGGUUUGAAUUUUAUGGCGUUAGCAUCGGACGAUCCGGGCGAAAGAAGAAAUUCAUUAGCUUCGUAGCCAACAUUGAUACUUGACGUGUCCUCGCUACUCUCUGGC